AUGAAAGGUAUGUUGUUGUUUUUUAAGAUGUUUUAUAUUAGGUACGUUGAUGUUUUUGUGGAGAUGUUUUUUAUUAGGUAUGUUAAUGUUUUGUGGAGCUAUGUUUUUGUUUUGGUAAGACUUGGUGAUCCUAAACCCUUAGAAUGUAACUCUAUUGCUGAAAACAGACUUGCUAAAAAGGAGAAAGACCCCAAAAGUUUUUCUAUACCUUGUGUUUUAGGAAAUCAUGUUAUCGGUAAAGCACUUUUGGACUUAGGAGCCAGUGUAAGCUUAAUGCCUUUAGCCGUUUGUAAUAGGUUGAACCUAGGAGAAACGCAAACAACUAGGAUGUCCCUUCAAUUAGCCGAUAGAUUCGUUAAAUAUCCAAUAGGAAUAUUAGAAGACAUCCCAGUUAGGCUUAGCCAACUCUAUAUUCCAACAGAUUUUGUUGUCAUGGACAUUAAAGAAGACGAAGAAAUCCCAAUCCUCCUAGAUAGACCAUUCUUAUCAAUGGCUGAAGCCAUAAUAUAUGUCAAGAGAAGAAAGAUGAAUUUUGAAGUAGGUGAUGAAAAAGUAGAAUUUAUACUAUCAAAAUUCCUAAUGGCACAGCCAUAG